AUGUCCCCAGUUGGGUUAACAGUUACUGAAAUUGUGCCCACAUGCAGACUCAGAGAAGAAUUUAACUUGUAUGGGCUGUAUAAAGAAGGGGAUAUCAUUUUGGGUGGGAUAUUUGAAAUCCACUUUAUAACAGUGUAUCCUGAACUGUCCUUUACUGCUAAGCCUGAGCCAUUGAGCUGUGAGCGCUUUGAUUUUGCAGGAUUUCAGUGGGCACAGACCAUGGCUUUUGCCAUUGAGGAAAUAAACAGAGACCCUGCUCUUCUCCCCAACAUCACACUGGGAUACAGGCUGUAUGACAACUGUGUGAAGCUGGCAGUGGCUCUGAGAGCAGCAACAGCUCUGAUCAGCGGAGAGGAUGAUUCUGUCACUGACUACAGCUGUACAGGGACUCCCCCUGUCUUAGCCAUUGUUGGGGAUCCUGGUUCUACACAUUCUAUCACCAUAUCAAGAAUGCUGGGUCUCUUCCGGGUUCCAAUGGUCAGUUAUUAUGCCACCUGCUCUUGCCUAAGCAAUAGAAAGGAGUUCCCCUCUUUCUUCAGGACUAUUCCCAGUGAUACGUUCCAGGUCAAAGCCAUGGUUCAAAUCAUCAGGCAUUAUGGGUGGACUUGGGUUGGUGUAGUUGUGAGCAAUGAUGACUAUGGGCUGUAUGCUUUAAAAACCUUUACUGAGGAGGUAAAUAGAUUUGGCUGCAUAGCUUUCUCGGAAAUCCUCCCUCGUAACAACAACACCUCUGAAAUUCUUAAGAUCAUCAGGACCAUCAAAGAGUCAUCUGCCAAAGUUAUUGCUGUGUUUUCUACAGGAGCUUAUCUGAUUCCUCUGACUGAAGAAAUUGUUCAGCAAAAAAUCAGAGGCAGGCAGUGGAUUGCAAGUGAGGGUUGGACAUCCUCCCUUGUCUUUCAUACUAAGGAGUUACUGCCUUAUUUAGGUGGAACUAUAGGAAUUGCAGUUCGCAGAGGUGAAAUCCCAGGACUGGAAAACUUUCUCCUUCAGAUUCGCCCUGUGUUAGACACCAGGAACAACUUAGUCAAACUGUUCUGGGAAACGAUGUUUGACUGCAAAUUCCAAGACGAGGGAAACAAUCACAAUAAGUCAAACUCAGAAGGUAAUAACAUCUGCACAGGUUCAGAAGACAUUGAAAGCAAAAAAACUGCUUACAGUGAUGUGUCAGAACUGCGGGCUUCCUACAAUGUGUAUAAAGCCGUGUACGCCUUGGCACACUCCCUGCACAACCUGAUGUCCUGUGAGCCUGGAAAAGGGCCCUUUCAGAAUAACUCCUGUGCAGACAUCACAACUGUGCAGCCCUGGCAGCUGCUGCACUACCUGGCGAGAGUGAACUUCACUACUCACUAUGGAGACAGGGUGUCCUUCGAUGAGAACGGAGAUGCUCUUGCAAUCUAUGAUGUGAUGAACUGGCAGAGGGCCGAUGACGGGUCUGUGAAAACAGUAACAAUCGGUCUGUUUGAUGAAUCAGCUCCUGCUGGACAAGAGCUCACACUGAACGAAGACAAGAUCUUCUGGAACUUUGAAUAUAACUCUCCCCCCAGGUCUGUGUGCAGUGAAAGCUGUCAGCCUGGCACCAGGAAGGCAACCAGGAAAGGGGAGCCCCUCUGCUGUUUCGACUGUAUACUUUGCGCAGAGGGAGAGAUCAGCAACCAGACAGGAUUUCAGUGGGCACAGACCAUGGCUUUUGCUAUUGAGGAAAUAAACAGAGACCCUGCUCUUCUUCCUAACAUCACACUGGGAUACAGGCUGUAUGACAAUUGUGUGAAGCUGGCAGUGGCUUUUCGAGCAGCAACAGCUCUGAUCAGCGGAGAGGAUGAUUCUGUCACUGACUACAGCUGUACAGGGACUCCCCCUGUCUUAGCCAUUGUUGGGGAUCCUGGUUCUACACAUUCUAUUGCCAUGUCAAGAAUGCUGGGCCUCUUUGGGGUUCCAAUGGUCAGUUAUUAUGCCACCUGCUCUUGCCUAAGCAAUAGAAAGGAGUUCCCCUCUUUCUUCAGGACUAUUCCCAGUGAUACGUUCCAGGUCAAAGCCAUGGUUCAAAUCCUCAGGCAUUAUGGGUGGACUUGGAUUGGUGUAAUUGUGAGCAAUGAUGACUAUGGGCUGUAUGCAGCCAAGACUUUUAUUGAAGAAGUAAAUAAAUUUGGCUGCAUAGCUUUCUCUGAAAUCCUCCCUCGUAACAAUGACAAGUCUGAAAUUCUUAAGAUCAUCAUGACCAUCAAACAGUCAACGGCCAAAGUUAUUGUUGUGUUUUCAACAGAAGCUUAUCUAAUUCCAUUGGCAGAAGAAAUUGUUCGGCAAGAAAUCAGAGGCAGACAGUGGAUUGCUAGUGAAGCCUGGACUGCCUCACCUGUCUUCCACACUAAGGAGUUACUGCCCUAUUUAGGUGGGACUAUAGGAAUUGCAGUUCGCAGAGGAGAAGUUCCAGGGCUGGAACAAUUUCUCCUUCAGAUUUACCCUGUGUUUGACUCCAGGAACAAUUUAAUCAAACUGUUCUGGGAAAAGAUAUUUGAUUGCAAAUUUCAUAAUGAAAUAAAGAAUCGGAAUUUGUCAAACUUGGAAGACAACAAAAUCUGCACAGGUUCAGAAGAUAUUGAAAAAACCAAAACGUCUUACAGUGAUGUUUCAGAACUACGGGUUUCCUACAACGUGUAUAAAGCAGUGUACGCCUUGGCACACUCCCUGCACAAUCUGAUGUCCUGUGAGCCUGGAAAAGGGCCCUUUCAGAAUAACUCCUGUGCAGAAAUCACAACUGUGCAGCCCUGGCAGCUGCUGCACUACCUGGCGAGAGUGAACUUCACUACUCACUAUGGAGACAGGGUGUCCUUCGAUGAGAACGGAGAUGCUCUUGCAAUCUAUGAUGUGAUGAACUGGCAGAGGGCCGAUGACGGUGUCUGCUUUCUGCUGGCUUUCCUUGCAAGGAACCUGCCUGAUAACUUCAAUGAAGCCAAGUUCAUCACUUUCAGCAUGCUCAUCUUCUGUGCAGUUUGGAUCGCUUUCAUACCAGCUUAUGUCAGCUCUCCUGGGAAAUACUCGGAUGCUGUGGAGAUUUUUGCCAUCUUGGCUUCAAGCUUCGGAGAGCACAGUCCUCAGGGGCUUCAGUCCUCCACGCCCAGCUGUGAGCUACAGGAGCAGCAGGAGAGGAGCCAGGAGUGA